GGGGAGAGAGAGAGAGAGAGGGAGGCAGGACGAGCUGCAGGGUAGGAGGUAGGACCAGGGAGAGACGGCCACAGAUAGGAACUGCUGCCCAGACCAGCCGCUCGCAGAGAGAGAGCGAGAAGGAGAGAGAGAGAGAUCCACACAGACCCAACAUGGCCGCCGCCCCAGCCCUCCUCCUCUGGGUUCUGAGUGUCGUCUGGUGUCCAGCGAACGCAUUCACACUGCAAGGCCAACAGAACACCCUGCUAAAGGCCUGUGGUUCAGGGUUCUUCCUCAGUGAACAGCUCACAUGUUUACCCUGCAACUGUAAAGGACACGCAGACUACUGCCAAGAUGUUACCGGAAUAUGUUCUGACUGCAGGGACCACAGUACUGGGGACUUCUGUGAGAUGUGUGAGGAUGGAUACAUGCUUGCUCCGAGUCUCCAUGGUAACCACGUGUGUCGGCCGUGUGCGUGUCCGCUGGCCCUCCCCACAAACAACUUUGCGUCGCGCUGCGACCGAGGAGCCUCCGUGGUGCGCUGUAAAUGUCAGGAGGGAUACGCCGGACACUUCUGUGAGAGAUGUUCUCCUGGUUACUACGGCAACCCCAUGGUGGUGGGCGACAGCUGCAAGCGGUGCGACUGCAACGGCAACUCGGACCCCAACCUGAUCGUGAACGAAUGCCACAACGUGACGGGCCGCUGCCUCACCUGCUGGGACAACACCGCCGGGGACAACUGUGAGCGCUGCGCACCUGGUUACCACGGCGACGCCAUCAGCGCCAAGGACUGCAGAGUGUGUGGGUGCAGUGCGUGCGGGACGGCGUCGUGUGACGACAGGACGGGGGUGUGCCACUGCAAGCCGGGGGUCACGGGGUCACUCUGCGACCGCUGCGAGGAGGGCUACUCGGGGUUCACUUCCUGCCAGGGCUGCCGGCGCUGUGAGUGUGGCUCCGCCUCCGCGCGGCCGUCCUGUCACCCCCUAACCCUCAGCUGCCCCUGCCUCCCGGGGGCGGGCGGGCGCUACUGCGACCGCUGCCUCCACGGCCACUGGGGCUACAGCUCCGCCGGCUGCAAGAAAUGCCUGUGUGAGACGGGCCACUGUGACGUCCACACCGGGGAGUGUCUCCCCGAAGCAUCCACCGUCAGCCUCUGCAACAUCAGCUGUGAUGAGUGUAUCUGGCAUCUGAUUGGUGACAUGAAGGCGUCCAAUCAGACUCUGGAUCAGAUGAUGGUCAGCGUGUUGAACAUUUCCACCGGGGCUGCGGCCAACGACCGCCUCAAGUACUACAACUACACUGCUCACAGGCUACAGGGUCAGUUCGUGGGCUGGAGGAACAAAUCUUCUGAGAUGCGGGAGCAGACGGGCCGUCUGGCCGAGGCUGCGGAGGCGGUGGUGACCGACGUGCAGGAGCUCACAGACACGGAGGUGGUGCUGAAGGCUCUUAGCGAGCGUCUGGGUGAAUCCACGUUGAGGAGCUUCCUGCUGGCCGAGCAGCUGAGCUCCAACCUCACCUCCCUCAACGUCCUGAUCGAAGAGAUGGUCCAGGACUGGGAGCUGUACAGCGUCCAGGAGGAGCUGGACCCCGAGACCAAGCUGGGGGACACCAGGGAGUCCCAGGAGACCUUGGCCUGGAUGCGGACCCUGGACCUGGCCCCCCGCGAGCCCGACGCCACCGACGAGUCCACAGAGGCCCACGACCUGCUGCGGCGGGUCCGGCAGCUGGAGAAGAAGCUGGUGAGCACGGCGGGCCGCGUGGAGCCCGCCCGGGAGAUCCUGUCCCGCUUCGGCUCCAAGCUGACCCAGACGCAGGGCCUGCUGGAGGCCAGCGGCCUGCAGGUCGCCGCCGCCCAGGCCCAGGACCUGGCCAGCACCCUGAGGGCCCAGCGCAGCCAGGUGAAGCAGCAGAAGCUGUCAGAGGAGCACGCCUCCGUCAGCUCCACCCUGCAGGAGGUCAGGGAGGAGCUGAACGACACAGGGCGUCAUGUAGAGGAGUUGGAGACCAUGGUCCAGAGUGUGGGUCAGUACUACGCUGAGGUGGACGGGGGCCAGGCGGAGCUGCUGGUGCGUCUGGAGGCCCUGUCCCUGGUGGACCCCGGGCUGGUGCAGAGCGCCUUGGACGCUGCCGGGGAGCUGGAGCUGCAGGCGGACACCUUAGAGGAGGACCUGAAGCGCAGUGAUGCCAACGGGUUCGUCCAGCGGGCGGUCAGCGCGGCCAACGUCUACAACAACAUUGUGAAGUACAUCGACGACGCCAACGACACCGCCGUCACCACACAGAGCCUCUCGGAGCGGGCCGGAGACGCUAUCGCUGUGAUGGUCACGCAGCUGGACUUCGUGGUGACUCAGAGUGGCAACGUCUUCAAGCAGUCGGUGACGCUGCACUCAGAGCAGAUCGAUUUGGAAGCCGAGGUGCUGGACAAACAGAAGUAUAUCGAGGAGACCAAGGAGACGAUGGAUCAGAACUCAAGGAAACUAGCGGAGAUCACGAAGAACAUCAACGACAUUCACGGAGACAGGACCCCCAGGAGGCUGGAGUUCUCCCAGGAGGUGGCCGAGGCCACCAGGAACCGGUCCCUGGAGGUUCUGCAGGAGAUGGAGCCCAUCACGGAGCAGGUGGAGCAGUGGGCCCAGAACAUGAGGGACAACCAGUACUCCACCCAGGACUACGAGAGCGCCGUGUCCUCCGCCGGGGAAGCAGUGGAGAGCCUCCACCUUCUGGUCCCAGCGCUGCUGGAGAAGCUGAAGGUGGUGGAGCAGAAGAAGCCGGUGAACAACGUGACCACCAACAUCCUGAGGAUCCGGGAGCUCAUCGCCCAGGCCCGCAGCGUGGCCAAGAAGGUCCAGGUGUCCAUGAAGUUUGACGGGCAGUCUUCGGUGGAGGUGCAGCCCCACUCCAACCUGGAGGAGCUGAAGACCUCCACCUCCAUCAGCCUGUUCAUCAGGGUGGACCCCGACAAGGACCCCAUCGAGGACCGCUUCGUGCUCUACCUCGGAGACCGGAACGGCAAGAAGGACUACGUGGGCCUGGCCAUCAAGAACGACAACCUGGUGUACGUGUACAACCUGGGGGGGGAAGACGUGGAGAUCCCCCUCAGCACCAAGCCCGUCAGCCAGUGGCCGCCCGUCUUCAACUACGUCAAAGUGGAGAGGCUGGGCCGCCACGGGAAGGUGUUCCUGACCAUCCCCAGCCAGACCACCUCGGACGAGCAGAAGUUCAUCCAGAAGGGGGUGUCCCUGGGCACCGACUCCCUGUUCGACAUCGACCCCAAGGACAUCGUCUUCUUUGUGGGCGGAGUGCCUCCUGACGUCACGCUCCCGCCCCCCCUCAGCCUGGCACCCUUCGUGGGCUGCAUCGAGUUGGGCUCGCUCAACAACGACGUCAUCAGCCUGUACAACUUCAAAGAGACACACAUGGUGGACGUGAUCGCAACACCCCCCUGUCCCAGGUAUAAGCUGGCCUUCUCCCAGAGUCGUAUCUCCAGCUACCUGUUCGACGGGACGGGCUUCGCUCUCAUCAACAACAUGGAGCGCCGGGGGAAGUUCGGCGUGGUGACGCGAUUCGACAUCGCCGUGAGGACGGUGGCCAACGACGGCCUCCUGCUGCUCAUGGUCAAAGAGGCUAAUUUCUUCAUUCUGGAGCUGAAGAACGGGUACCUCCGUCUAGAGUACGACUUCGGCUUCGACAACGGGCCGCAUCGCAUCGAGAACCACAUUCCAUUACUCAAGAUCAACGACGCCCGCUACCAUGAGGUGUCAGUGAUCUACCACCAGUCCAAGAAGGUUAUCCUGCUGGUGGACAAAAGCUACGUCAAAUCUGUGGAGAACCCCCAUAAGAUAACGCUGCCCUUCUCCGACAUCUACAUAGGAGGUGCUCCCUCUCAGGUCCUCAGCGCCAGGCCGGAGCUCAGUGAGGUGGUGGGCCUGAGGGGAUGUGUGAAGAACUUCCAGUUCCAGAAGAAGGACUUCAACCUCCUGGAGGAACCGGGGACCAUCGGCAUCAGCAACGGCUGUCCGGAGGAGGCCUUCAUGUCCCGUAGAGCGUACUUCGCGGGCCAGGGGUACCUGGGCUCAACGGCCAAGAUCUCUCCCUUCGACUCCUUCGAGGGCGGCCUUAACUUCAGAACCCUCAACCCCAGCGGCCUGCUGUUCUACCACAACGAGGGGAAGGAGGAGUUCAGCAUCGCCCUGGACAAUGGCAUGGUGGUCCUGAACGCCAAGGGAACCAAAGUCAAGUCCCACAAGAAACAUUACAACGACGGCAGGACUCACUUCCUGGUGGCGACGCUCAGCCAAAACAAGUACCUCCUGGUGGUGGACGAUAAAGACAAGCAGGAGAAGAAGAGGCCGUCCUCGGCUGCCGUGUCGGGUUCCUCGUUGAGUUCCUCGCUCAGGAGCUUCUACCUCGGCGGAUCUCCUACCAGCAGCCUCAAGAACUUCACCGGCUGCAUCAGCCAUGCCUACAUCAACAGACAGGACCGUGACAUCGAGGCGGAGGACUUCCAGCGCUACGCGGAGAAGGUCAACGCCUCCCUGCAGGACUGUCCAAUUGAACGCCCCCCAGCCGCCCUGCUGACCCCAGGCUCCGCCCGCAAGCCCAAACCCAGCCAAUCAAAGAAGGUGGCGCGAGACGGCUCCAGCCAGAGGGAUGAGGACCUGGGAGAGGCCUCCUGCCACCUGCCCUCCAGGCCCCGCGCCGUGCGACAGGCCUUCCGCUACGGAGGCUCCGCCCACAGCCGCCAGGAGUACCACCUGCCCCAGCCCCUUGCCAACAGGUCCCACUUCUCCCUGUCCCUGAGGACGGAGGCGCCGGCGGGGCUGCUGUUCUACGUGGCGGACCAGGCGGGGGAGGACUUCAUGGCUCUGGUCCUGGACCAGGGCCAGCUGGUGUUCAGCUUCAGGUCCACGGCGCACCGCGUCCAGAUCCGCAGCCAGGGGGCCUACAACGACGGGGGCUGGCACAGCGUGAUCUGUAUCCGAGACGGUAACGCAGGUCAGCUGAUCAUCGAUGACCUCACAGGGCAGGAAGAGCGGGCACCUGGGGUCGACCAAUCGUGGCGCGUCCAGAGCCCUCUGUAUGUGGGCGGGGCCCCACUAGGACACGCCCAAAAGAAUAUCCAGUCUCUCCGGAGCCUGUCCGGUUGUGUUCGGCGCCUCAUGCUGGACGGGCGCCAGCUGUCCUCGGCCUCCGCGACCUUCGGGGCCACGCCCUGCUACGACGGACCCCAGGAGCCCGGAACCUUCUUCUCCCAGGAGGGAGGAUACAUCGCCCUGGACGAGACGGCCGUCCUGGGCCGGCGGCUGGAGCUGUCCCUGGAGGUGCGCCCCCGUGUGGCCACCGGGGUGCUGGUGCACAUCCAGGCGGCCGAGGAGGAGUACAUGACCGUCUACCUUCACCAGGGAGCCGUGGUGGUCCUGGUGAAUGUGGGGGUCCGGCAGUUCCUGACAGUAGUGGCUCCCCGUGACGGGCUGUGCACCGGGGCCUGGCACCGCAUCACCGUGAUCCGGGAUGCCAACGUGGUCCAGCUGGACGUGGACUCUGAGGUGGACCACACCGUGGGACCGCUGAACCUCGUCGCCAUGGAGAUGGAAUCCCCUGUGUUCAUUGGGGGGGCGCCAGAGGGUCUUGUCCCAGAGGGCGUGGCCACCAGGCGGCCGUACGCGGGCUGCAUGAGGAGCCUGUCCAUCAACAGCAGCCCUGUGAGCUUCAGCAAGGCUGCUCUGGUCAGCGGCGCCGUGGCCAUCGGCAGCUGCCCCACCGCCUAGGACUUCCUGUCCGACAGCACCCCACCGCCUAGGACUUCCUGUCCGACAGCACCCCCUCUAUACUUCCUUCUCAAUCCAUUACUACUUCUGCUACUCCUCCUCUCCACUUCCUGUUCAGUCUUAUAGUACUUCCUCUAGAGCUCCUCUCCACUUCCUGUUCAGUCUUAUAGUACUUCCUCUAGACCUCCUCUCCACUUCCUGUUCAGUCUUAUAGUACUUCCUCUAGAGCUCCUCUCCACUUCCUGUUCAGUCUUAUAGUACUUCCUCUAGAGCUCCUCUCCACUUCCUGUUCAGUCUUAUAGUACUUCCUCUAGACCUCCUCUCCACUUCCUGUUCAGUCUUAUAGUACUUCCUCUAGAGCUCCUCUCCACUUCCUGUUCAGUCUUAUAGUACUUCCUCUAGAGCUCCUCUCCACUUCCUGUUCAGUCUUAUAGUACUUCCUCUAGACCUCCUCUUCACUUCCGUUUCAGUCAUAGAGUACUUCCUCUAGAGCUCCUCUCCACUUCCUGUUCAGUCUUAUAGUACUUCCUCCUCAGUUCCUUCUCAAUCCUAUAGUAUACUCUCAACUUCCGUCAGCUCUGACCAAUCCUCUUCCUCCUUCCAUUGAGACACAAUUAGCACAGCAUGAUGUUAGAAAAAUUUCAGGGCGAACAGUGAUGAUGUCAGUGAUGUCAGGGUGAUGUCAGGAUGAGGGGUGAUGAUGUCAGCAUGAUGUUAGGGCGAGGGGUGAUGAUGUCAGGAUGAGGGGUGAUGAUGUCAGCAUUAUGUCAGUGUGAGGGUGGUGAUGUCAGCAUAAUGUCAGGGUGAGGGUUGAUGAUGUCAUGAUGUCAUCAUAAUGUCAGGGUGAGGGCUGAUGAUGUUAGCAUGGUGUCAGGGUGAGGGUGAUGAUGUCAGCAUAAUAAUCAGGGUGAGGGGUGAUGAUGUCAUGAUGUCAUCAUAAUGUCAGGGUGAGGGGUGAUGAUGUUAGCAUGAUGUCAGGGUGAGGGGUGAUGAUGUCAUGAUGUCAUCAUAAUGUCAGGGUGAGGGGUGAUGAUGUUAGCAUGAUGUCAGGGUGAGGGGUGAUGAUGUCAGCAUGAUGUCAGGGUGAGGGGUGAUGAUGUCAUGAUGUCAUCAUAAUGUCAGGGUGAGGGCUGAUGAUGUUAGCAUGAUGUCAGGGUGAGGGGUGAUGAUGUUAGCAUGAUGUCAGGGUGAGGGGUGAUGAUGUCAUGAUGUCAUCAUAAUGUCAGGGUGAGGGCUGAUGAUGUUAGCAUGAUGUCAGGGUGAGGGGUGAUGAUGUCAUGAUGUCAUCAUAAUGUCAGGGUGAGGGGUGAUGAUGUUAGCAUGAUGUCAGGGUGAGGGGUGAUGAUGUUAGCAUGAUGUCAGGGUGAGGGGUGAUGAUGUUAGCAUGAUGUCAGGGUGAGGGGUGAUGAUGUUGGAGUGAGGUCAGGGUGAUGUCAUGAUUCCCUUUCUUCAUCCUAUUUGUGUUCAUGUGUUUGUUGUUUUUCAAAUGGGGCAUGUCUCACAGCAACAGAAUACCUUCAGAAGAAUGUUUUACCAGCAGAAAGACGAGAAUGGUGUCGCAAUAAAUUAGUAGUAUCAAUGUCAACUUAGUCUUACCCACCGAGGACAUCCCACCAGUGUGAUGAGGAACUCAUCCCAGAUGUGGGAUCUAGAACUCAUCCCACUCAUACAGAAAAUACAGAUUAUUUUGUACACAACUGUGUUUUUCCAUUCUUUUUUUUACUGUUUUCCCCGAUGAAUAAAUCAACUUUUACACACUU